AUGGCUCAAUCGGGUAUUAUUAGACUAGCUGAAGGGGAAAAAGUCGACAAAUGGGUGUGCACGAAGAAGCUGGGCGAGGGCGCCUGCGGGGCCGUGUUUUUGGUGAAGCACACGGACGAUGGACGUGAGGGUGCCCUGAAAGCCGAGGGAACCGAGGAGCCCGUCCCGCUGCUGCGCAUGGAGGCGAUCGCGAUGAUGGACCUGGCAAAGGGGCGGUGCCGUCACGUUGCCGAGCUCAUGGAUAAGGGAAAACAGGACAACUUCAACUGGAUUGUGAUGCGACUGGUGGGGAAGAGUCUGCAGGAUAUGAAGAAGACUGGACCCAAUCAGCAUCUGUCGCCCGGUGUCGCCAUCUCGGUGUCGAUCCAAUGCCUCGAGGCCCUGGAAGACCUUCAUGUGGCUGGAUAUCUGCAUCGGGACAUCAAGCCGGGCAACUUUUGCGUGGGCCGCGCCGAGACGAACGAGUUGCGCAAGAUCUACAUCCUCGACUUUGGCAUGUCGCGUCGUUUCAUCGGCCCCGAUGGCGUCAUACGCAAACCCCGUCAGGCCGCACAGUUCCGCGGCACCCCUCGCUACGCUCCGAUUGCCAGCCACGAGAGCCGCGACCACUCGAGGAAAGAGGAAUUGGAGAGCUGGUUCUACAUGCUGGUCGACUACACGAACGCGAAACUGCCGUGGAAGGGCGUCACCGAGCUGAACGAUGUGGGCCAGGCAAAGAGGAAGGCGCGCAGCGACCUGAACACGUUCUUCAUCGACUGCCCGAAGAAGGAGUACGCCCAGAUACUCGCCAUGAUUGACGCCCUCCAGUACUACGAGGCGCCGCCCUACAACAAGAUCUACGAGAUCCUGCGCAAAUGCAUGAAGGAGCACAAGAUGCACGAAUUCCCGUACGACUGGGAGCCGGAAGCGUCGAAGCAGCCCGGCAAGAGUGGCUCCGGGCCCAAGAGUGGAUUUACGGUGGUGAAGGGCUAUAAGCGUGCCCAGAAGUCGACUUCGCAGUACGAUGGAGCC